AUCUACGUGUCAGAAAGUUCUAAAAACCUAUACAAGGAUUGGCCGCCUUUCGGUAACUGUCGUUUCUGAUUGGCUUAAAUUAUUGACGUUGUUUGUGUCCCUCCUGAAUACGGCUACAUUGGCGCCAAUAAUCAUUGGCCGACUCACCGUAAUGCAGGCUUUGGAUUGGUUGCUGUGAGGCCGGGCUUCUAAUUAGGUUCUGCUCUGGCUAUGUCAGCCGAGUUGCUGGAGUUGGAGAUGGCGGGAGCGGUACCGGUUGGAUCUCGGCCGCGGCCGCUGCUGCUUCUCGGUCCUCCCGGCUCGGGUCGUUCCACACUGUUGUUCCGCGCAGCACUAGCAGGUGCUUCCAUUGUGUCCUCGCCUCGCGUGUUGUUUUUGGCACCGCGGGCCCUGGAGCGGCUUCCGGGCGGGAAAGCAGCUGGAGGAGGAGCGAUCCAGAAAAUCCAUUUCCUGUACCCGUCUUCCUUCCAGGAGCUAGUUCAACUGGUGGCCUCCCUGCACCAAACCUUACCUAAUAGCCCCUCCAUGAUUGUGCUGGAUGGUUUGGAAGAGUACCUGAACAGUUGUUCCAGUGCCUGUACAGCAGCCAAGCUUGUAGCCCUGUUGCUGGACACAUCUAGUCACUUCACUCAGAAACGUAGCCAUUUGUCUGUGGGUUGCCAACUGAUUGUUUCCAUGAGGUUUCUGGGAGAAGCUGGAGAAGAAGUAGAAAAUUUCUCAGCCAUUGAACGCUACUUCCCAGCAAAAUUGUGGCUACAUCCGGACACUGGGAAAGAUGUUGGUUUACAUAAUCAAGGUUUAACCAAGCUGAUUAGGGCACAACUCUUCCAGCCAGGGACAAAGGAUCAAGAAUGGAUAGUGAAAUUUGACACACAAGGUAGCAUGACAAUCUCUCCAUUGCCUUGCAAAAAUGAAACUGAGAAUGAAACAGUUUCUGAAAAUAGGCUUUCUGUUUCUGAAGUUGAUACCAUUCUGUCUAACUCCCGGUCUUAAGGACUUCUGAACAAUCCUUUCAUCAAACACACAUUCCAUUAAUACAGAAUGUGGUUUUUUUUUUAAAAAAAAUCAAAGUUUGGGUAUUUUAUUUAGACUGAACUGGCAAGUUGACAAAAGAAAUGUAAUCAAUUUUAUUGUUGCACAAAGUUGGAGGUAGCUGGUAUGCUAUUUGGGCAGUUAGGAGAGUAUUCUCUGCACUGUGAUUCCUGUGGAAGGGGUGGUGGCUUGGGCUGCUUCAAUUUCUUCUCAUUGCCAUGGAUUUGUUAGCCCUUGGAAGAAAGGAAGGGGGUCCCAUAAUAGACUAUACUUUGCACAGUAAUUGUCCUAGGUUCUUUCAGGAAGCCAUGUAGGAGAAGCCUUCUAAAAUGUCUUCUUGGCGAGUUUCAACAGGGCCUUUUGACACAGGCCCUCCAGCUGCUAUUUCCAAACUGCCUGUUUGGAAAUGAAGCCAGAUUAAGGCAUCCUUUAUUCAGAUUUUAGCUAAAGUGAUGGCCUGAUAAUCACUGGGCAUUAUGUUUACAUAGACCCUGAUCAGUGGAUUUUCCUGCUUAUCUUCCUUGAAUCAAUAAAAAAGGGCCAUCCCUUUCAUUGCUCUAUUAGUGAACUUGUAAAAAUAUU